UCAACACCCGGUCCCGCAUCCCGACGCCCGCACCCGGGGCCCGCGCUGCGCACGUUCAGCCAUGGCUGCGGUAGCAUUACCGCUGCUGCUGUUGUUGGCGUCACCGGCUACCCCAACCCCAGUCCGCGACCCCUUCGCUCCGCAGCUCGGGGACACUCAGAGGUGCCAGCAGCGGUGUCGGCAGCGCCACCCUGGCUCGCUGCCUGCGCAGCCUGAGCCAGGGGGUCCCUCAGAGUCCCCAAAUAACAAGGCCAUCCUGACCAGCGCUUGCGAGCGUGGCUGUCGCCUUUUCUCCAUCUGCCGCUUUGUGGCCAGGAGCUCUAGGCCCAAUGCCACAGAGACAGAAUGUGAAGCAGCAUGCACCGAGGCUUACGUGAAGGUAAUGGAGCAACGGGCCUGCAGUGAAGGAUGCUGGGGCCAGAUCCCUGAACCUGAGACCCAGCUGGAGCAGAAGGAACUGGCUUUGGACCCACCCAGUGGGCCCCUCUCCUUACGGGAUCUGUUCUCCAUGUUCUGCAACGACCUGAUGAGUUCCGCCCAGGGCUUCAUAUCCUCCACCUGGACAUAUUCCCUUCAGACGGACAACCGGAAGGUGGUGGUGUUCCAGACCCAGCCUGUAGUAGAGAACUUUGCAUUCCAAGGGAGCCAUCUGCAUCGAGUGGAGGUGACCUGGAGGGGGUCCCACCCCAAGGCCCUAGAAGUGCACAUGGACCAUACAGGACCCUUGGGCAAAGUGAGGAGGGCUAAGCCCCGAGUGAAGACCAGCAGAGCCAAGGUGGAGUCUGAGGACCAACGAGAGAGCGACUUUCUCAGUUGCAUGUCCCGGCGCUCCGGGCUGCCUCGGUGGGUCCUGUUCUGCUGUCUCUUCCUAUCUGUCCUGAUCAUGCUGUGGCUGAGUUGCUGCACGCUCGUCACUACACCAGGCCAGCACCUCAAGUUCCAGCCUCUAACUACAGAACAGCACAAGGGCCUCCUGGUGGAGUCUGACUGGCCCUUGUCCCCGCCCCCGCCACCUGCCUAUGAAGACAGCCCCCCGCCUUACAAGUGGAAGCUUGACUUGACUACGCUGUAAUCUCCCGCCUUUUUGCAAGUGCAGGGGUUUCUCCACGUUUACUCACUCUAUACCCUAAAGUUCAAGGUCAGGGUGGGUGGGGACCAGCCUUGGGAUCAUCCACCCCCCAGUCUUCCCUCCCUCUCUUGCCACAACAUCCCUUAGUCCCCUUAAGACAAAUGGACCUGAGUGGCUGGGAGAGGAGGGUCUGGCCUCUCCCACCUUGCCUUGCUUUCCCAGAGGCUGGCUAUUUGACAUUUCUCACAUGUUCUGAGCAUGGAACCUCGUCUGUGUCGCUUUCUUUUUCUUUCUGUGUCCUCACUGUGGGGCUGAGGUCUCAGGGGUUCCUCUCUGCUAAGGUUCUUUUUCUUUAUGUCUAGAGACCCAACCCCACAAGGACAGAGUGGUGGGAACUCCCUCCUGGGAUCAGAGAAGGAGACAUAAACCUUUAAAUAAAGUGAAUAAAAGAUAGGGUGGCUGAGCCUGCUUCAGUCUGUGCCUGCCCUAGGGUGGGCUGGGUAGGGCUGAGUGGGUUGGGUCCUUCCAACCCAGGAGAAGCCCAGGAAGUUCUUAGAGCAGGAGGGACAUAAACAGGUCACAAACCUAAUGAGUGAAUGUCCCUGACAAAGCCUGUCCUACCUGUAGCUUGAGUGAGGUUGUGCCCCUUCCUGGACCUGAUGUCCCUCCGGUAAAAUCAAUAGGUUACCCCUUGAAGAAGUCUGCUGAUAAUUUUGUGGUUAUCUGACAUCCUUCUUUCUCUUAGGGGCAGAGCUCUGACCCACUGCAGACAGACUUAAGACCCCUGGUGGAGGAAUGAGAUCCUAGGCAUGAGUCACACCCUGAGUCCCACACUGGGGGAUUCUAGGCAGGGCUCUACCCCUGAGUCACGCCCCCACCCAGCCCCUCACUGGGGGAUUCUAAGCUGCCACUGAGUCAUACCUCCUGCCUUGAUUGUGCUGACUUUGCUUUUAGUUCAUGUAGGCCAAUCUGGUCUAGAACUAUCAUUAUCCCUCCCUGUGUCUGCGAGCUAAGGUAACUGACAUGUGCUAUUAGACCCUCUUGCAAUGACUUCUGGAGUGUAUCCUCAGCAGCAUGAAUUCUGUGCACAGGCUGCAGAGGGCCUCACUGCUGGAGCACUCUUGUGGCAAUCCAAACACCCUUUCACUCUCCCUGGCACUGGGAAACAGUGACCCCUCCACACACUAAGUGGCUGCUCUGACCAGUUAACCCAGCUCCAGUCCUCGCCUCCCACCAGCCUCCAUUCUCCCCGAGCCUCUCCCUCAUUCCAACCCCAUGCCAGAACCCUCACCUCCUGAGCCCCCUUGGUUUCCGUAACAGCUGCAGAUCCUCUUGCCCUUACGUUAUAGCUCUCUCCAGCUUCCCUCCAAGUCCUAUCUGGUCAAGAACAAGUUUGAUACUAACAUGGAUGUCUCCUGGUUCCUAUUGUCAUACAACACCCCGAAGUAUAACUGUACCAUCAAGGUCCCCAGGAUCUAGUCUGGGAGACACCAACCCUUGCUCACUGUACUCUGGUCACAGGAUCACAGAUAUCUCAGCCUCCUCUCUCUCUCUCUCUGUCUGUCUCUGUCUCUUCUUUUUCGCUGUCUCUGUCUCUCUCUUUCCCCCUCCCCCCCUCUCUCCCUCCCUUCUCCAGGCUGGCCUGGAACUCUUGGCCCUCCUGCCUCCAUCUCCCAAGUGCUGAAAUAGCAGGUAUGGGCCACCAUGCAUAGUUUAUACAGUGCUAGGGAUGGAGUCCUGGGUGUCACAGGCAUGCUAGACAAGUCUCUCUCAACAGAGUUCAGCCCUUUUGAUCCAGUUUGGACCUGUGUUACUUGUGUCUCUCUUUAGCCAGUUUGGCUUUGGCUUUCCUACCUCCUCAGCAUGAUCCAUUCAGAUCACAGGAUUUGCAUUACCUUGGGGACACCUGAGAUGGCUUGUUAAGGACUCACGUGUAUGAGGAAUUCAAGGCUGCUCUGCCAGUUCUUAGCCGCUGGUUUCUACCAGAAUGUCAGGAGAGAGAAUCCUCUGUGACCACAUAGCUGACAGCCAACCUUGAAGGUUGCCAGGCUCCUGAAACCUUAGUUUCCCACUGGUCCCCAAGGUUCUGUUUGUGACCAUCUGGCAUGGCAUGCAGAUCAGGUGGUGGUAGAUGUCUGGCUGGCUUCCUGGCAAUCUACAGGAACAUCUAUGUGUCAGGGUAGCAGAGGGUUGUCAUGGGAACCAGCAACCUAGUUCCCUGGUGACAACAGCCCACAGUAGCUUUGCCACCAGGGCUUGGAACAGAUGGAUCCAGACUCAGUUGUACUGCAGACAAAACACAUGCACUCUGGACACUUUGAGGGAAAGGCAGGGAUUCCUGGCCUCCCGAAGGGAACUGGGAACAAAGGUCAGAUUCCCACACUGAAGGCUUGAUCACCGUAAGGGCUCUUUGUUGUGCCCUGAAGGCUGUUCCCUGUGCACUCCUGACCGACUCUUUGGCCUGGAAUAAUCUCCAGAACCUUCCAACCUUGGCCCACAACCUAUGUCACAAUGUCUCAACUCCAGUUUUUAUCAUGUUGACAAUUAAGUAGUUGCUUGUUCACUUGUGUGAUGAUUGGUUUAAUAAAUGGUCCCUCUGCCAGAUGUAA